AUGCUGGAUCUUCUCAAAUCAUGGGAAGAAUUAAGAAUAACAGAGACAAAUGCAACAAAUGUAUUGUUACCAGUUGUGUACUAUUCGAAAGGUUCUUUGAUUUCUCUUUGUGAAAGCUAUUCGAAUGUGGAAGACAAAUGUGGAUUGGGGCGAUGUCACGUGGAUAAUCCAGUUGCUAGUUUCGUCACUCGACACUUUUCAUUUAUAUGCCACAAAGACGUGGCAACAAAAUACUUUGAUAAUCAACAGUGUAUUUCUUCCGCUCUCGUUCCAUCAAAAUGCACAGAUUUGAUAAAAGAAGAACCUAAAAUCGGAGGAGAAUUAUUCUGCCCAAAGCUGGAUGAAUUUGUGACAUGUGUUGAGGAACCAUUGAGAACAUCCUGUGGGAAUGAAGCUUAUGCAUUGGUAAUGAAGGCUAUCGAGAAAUAUGGAUGUCCAUCCAAAAUUGAAGUGGCGAGAGUGAAUGAGUUUUUGAGUCUUGGAGUAGAGUCAUCUACAAUGGUUAUAUCUGAGAACGCAGUCAUGACAACAACUUCUGAGGCGCCUGAAAGUAAUAAACCUGAGGUCAACAUGCUUGUCAAAACAUCCUUACAAGUAGAUGAAGAGAAGACAACACCAGUCGAACUGAAAGAAGAAGUCAUUUCAUCUACAGUAACCCCAGAAGUACCUUCCACUAUUGCUCCAUCAUCAGUUCCCCAGACUACAACCACGACUGAGUUCAUUGAAAAUCAGAUAAUAGGGAAAUCAAAUGAUAUAACUGAAGGUUCGGGAGAAGUUCCAGAGCCUCAAACAUCAACGAAAAGUAGCACAACAGUAAUAACAACGACUGAAGUUGAGGAAGUUUUCCAAACAAGGAAGCCAAGAAAGCAGUUCAAUGCAGAGAACAUGACAGACUGUUAUUCGAGUAUUGUUGGAGACUUUGGUCGAUUCCUUCACUCGUCACCAACUUCUUCAUUUGUACGAUUCCCUCUAUUCGGUAUCAAACCGAUGGAGUUGGAAGUAUUGUGUGCAAAGUUCGAAGUUGCAACAGAAUGUGUUAAUAGCUUUUGUGUCGGCAAUUGUAGACUGCCAGCCAUCAAAAGCUUUGUUGAUUCUCAAUUGAAAGAAGCGUGUGCAAUGAGGGAUCUACCUGACUUUGGAUUAGAAUUCACUUGUCUUCAAAAUGUUCUGAAAGAUAACACGGAAUGCGUCAGUUUUUUGAACUCCACAAAUCCGAAUCGGUGUGAUGGACAUCCUCAAUUUAGAAGCUGUAUUACUGAUAGGUUAAUAGAAGAUUGCUCUGAAGAAACAGUUCGAUUAAUGGAUAAAAUGGAGAACGGAUUUGGAUGCAAGUUACUGCUAGAACAAGAUGUACAAGAAGAUGUUGAUGGAAGCGGAGAAAAUGUGGAAGGAUCUGGAAGUGGAGACAUUCCACUUUUGGAGAGCGAGGAUGAAAAAGUUCAAAAAAGAGCACCAGGAAAUCUAACAGAUGAGAAGCUUCUUACUGAUGACAGUGAAAUAAUACCGCGAACAUGCGAAGGAAUCGUCAAAACAUCUGCACUUUCUUGUCUAGCACCACUUCUUCGAUUAUGGACUGGAAUAAAAGAAAACAGAAAAGAAACCGAAGUGGUCGUCUUCCCGAUUUUCGAGUUUUCCAAAAUUGAGCUUCUUGAGCUCUGCGACGCAUUCGCUAAUUACAGAAACUGUGUGAAGUAUACAGAUACGUCAGUAUGCAGAAGUGAACCUGUGAUAAGUUUUGCUGAGGAGCACUUCGGGCAAGUGUGCACUACUCAACAGAUAGAGGCUUCAAUAAGAACACAUGAUUGCAUAAAUGCGAUUGACUCUAGGACUAUGGCAGUUUGUCAAAAGUUCAGUAGAGGAGAGACGUUGCCAGGGAAGAGAAAGUGCUCAAAAGUUCGGAGAUAUACAAAGUGUCUUCGUAAACUCGUAAACUCAUCGUGCGGUCAUCUGAUGUUGGCUCAGUUUGAUAUGAUUGUGCAUCGGUUUGGAUGCUGA